AUGAUCACAAGUGGAUCUGGUAUUGCUGCUGCAACUGGUGCCUCAUCUGAGGACCAGCCGCCGCGCAAGAAAGGAAGACGUUCGGCAGGACAACAACAGGAUUCAAGUGCCACACCAGCCUCUAACUCCACACCGUCGUCGUCGUCGUCUUCGUCUUCAGGUGUACUUUUAGCAGACAGUGAUCAGCCUUCAAGCAGUUCAGCAGCAGCAGCAGCCGCCGCAGCAGCAGCAGCAGUAGCCACAACCACAGCAUCAUUAGCAGCAACAGCAACAGCAGUUGUUAGAUCUGCCCAAACGCAGCGCAAUAGUCGCGAACAGAGCACUACAACAAUAGAUAUCUCUCAGCAGCAAACCGAACACCGUCGUCGUCGAAGUCGCGGACACUCGAAAGGCAUGCAGAAGCCAGAAUAG